AUGCGAGAGCUUAGUGGUGACGUCACCAAUCAAACACAGAUGGUCAGAGAAGGCAGAGCCGCAGCCCCUGCCCGGCAGCACGAAGCAUUGCGCUCAGCAGCGGCCCCGGCCUGCCCUCUAGCGGCAGCAUCGCCCCGCGUCCCCAACCCGGCCCCGGCCUGCCCUCUAGCGGCAGCACCGCCCCGCGUCCCCAACCCGGCCCCGGCCUGCCCUCUAGCGGCAGCACCGCCCCGCGUCCCCAACCCGGCCCCGGCCUGCCCUCUAGCGGCAGCACCGCCCCGCGUCCCCAACCCGGCCCCGGCCUGCCCUCUAGCGGCAGCACCGCCCCGCGUCCCCAACCCGGCCCCGGCCUGCCCUCUAGCGGCAGCACCGCCCCGCGUCCCCAACCCGGCCCCGGCCUGCCCUCUAGCGGCAGCACCGCCCCGCAUCCCCAACCCGGCCCCGGCCUGCCCUCUAGCGGCAGCACCGCCCCGCAUCCCCAACCCGGCCCCAAACCAGGCUUUGGGCACUGCAGGGCCUCACAUGCUUGGAAUAACUGAAGGCAUGUCUUCAAGACACCAGCAGACACCAAGGAUCUCCCCAGCCAGUUGCUUCCACAAACCAUCACAAACAUGA